AUGGAGAAUCCUAUUCUAAAAGAAUUUCAGAAUAAUGAAAACGAUAAACUUAAUUAUGAUAUGAAUACGGUCGGAAUUCGAUUACCGAUGAUGAAGAAGACGAUCAAAGCGUUCCGAUUGCCUAAGUACUUUUUCCCAUCAGAUCUUGAUAGCAUAACUUCUACACAACAAGAAGUUGAUUAUGACAUAGGAGAGAGUUCAGAAGGAAUAAAGUUUUUUAUCCCGAAGGUCGAUGACGCACUUAAGCCAAAUAUGAAAGCACAAUACGCGAAUAUAAAUGAAGUCGAACGGAUGUACAGGGCUUAUGCGGACAACGCCGGCUUUGAUGUUCGCAUGCAUGUAAAAAAGACGAACAAUAAUGGCGAAAUUCAAACUAGGUGGUUUGUAUGCAGCAGGGAGGGAAACCCAAAAAAGAAGGAUUUUGAUUCGUUGUACAUGCAGCCGGGUGAGAGGAGAUAUCGUAAUACAAACAUCAAACGUUGUGGUUGUAAUGCUUGUAUAAGAAUCCAUUUGACAAAGGAUAGGUCUUGUUAUGAGAUAUAUGAGUUCGUUGAGGCACAUAACCAUGCAUUGUUCAAUAAUAACGAUCGUCGUUUUUCUCGGAAGAAUAGACAGAUGAAGUAUACAGAUUUCAAAAGUGUACUAAAUAGCUCAAGCUACAAAGUCGGCGCGAGAAGGGCUCACCGUAUUCAGACCGCAUUGAACGGUGGAUUUGAGCAUACUCGCAUCUUUGAAAUUGACUUCAAGAAUUUCAAGAGGGAUGCUGAGUUGAGUGCAAUUUUCUGGGCGGAUGAAAUUGCUAGAAUUAACUACAAAGAAUUCGGUGAUGUCAUUUCGUUCGACGGAACCUUUCGCACUAACAAGCAUGCAAUGAUUUUUGUUCCUUUCAUGGCUGUUGACAAUGAUAAGGCGGUUGUUGUUGUUGGAUCCGCUCUUAUAAGUGGAGAGACAAUUGAUAACUUUACAUGGGUUCUAGAGGCCUUUCUAAAGUGUCAUGCGAAGCAACCAGUGUUCGUAAUUACAGACCAAUGCUCUGCAAUGAAGCAGGCUAUUCCGAAGGUUAGUGUCGCCCUAAAUCAUGAUCCUAUGUUCAAUAAAGUCAUCAACAAGUUCGUAUGGAACAUUCAUAUUGGCCCAUCGGAGUUCGAGAGCCGUUGGAAUGAGAUGAUAGAUAAAUACAAUCUAGCUGGGGAUACUUGGUUUACAGAGACGUAUGAAAUCCGACACUCGUGGAUUCCUGCCUAUUACAAGGACACGCCGAUGUCUGGGCUAAUGAAAACAACCUCAAGAUCCGAGACUAUAGAGAAGCAAAUAUACAGACAAUCUGUUCACGAGACAUUGACGAGAACGACUAAUCCCAAGUUUGUUACUCCAUUGCGUUUAGAAAGUCAUGCAUCAAGCAUAUACAGUCGGAACGUGUUUUUUGACAUCCAAAAAGAAAUAAAGAAGGCUGUUUGGUUUUGUGCUAUUGAGACCGUCGAAGGCCGGGAUGAUUUCAAGUCAUUCGUGAUAAGCCACAAGGCCAAGAGAUCAGCUGACAACAUCACGUAUCUGGUGGGCCGUAAUUACUCGACAAACACAGUUGAAUGCAAUUGUAACCUAUUUACACGUAAUGGGUAUCUAUGUCGUCACGCGUUCAAGGUACUAAUAAAUGACGAAGUUGAAUGCAUUCCGAAAAAAUACGUACUAUGUCGAUGGAAACGAGAGUUAGUUCCAGUACAGAUACAGUUCGUAAGAGUUCGUUAUGGGGAGGUCAACGCCAAUAAAGAAAAGUAUAUAAUUGAUGUAUAUUCCAACAUCGACGACAUAAUAAGCAUCGCCCGCAAUGAUCAAUCUAUAUUAGAUAGAUUGGGGCGUAACCUCGACAAAUUCAUGGUUGAUAUAGAGAAGGAAGUUCCAUACGAAGACCCAUCCCAACAAAAGUUGGAUGCGAUAAGAGAUCAUCUAGGUGUUUCUAUACCUGAUGAGGUGGCCAUUCUACCACCAUCUGGAAUAAGGAACAAAGGUUGUGGAACUGGCAAGAGGCUGGUAAGUGUAUCUGAGAAAUUGCAAACUAAUUGCAAAAAGACUAAACGAAAAUGUGCAACGUGUGGACAACGUAGUGGUCAUGACUCACAUAAUUGCCCAGAAUUGAUAGAUUAG